UGCCCUCGCCAUUGUCAACCCCAUAUCACAAUGGCACGUACAAAGGCUACUGCAAAGAAGGCUGUUGGCUUAUUGACAAGUGCAAGACACAACGACCUUGAUGAUGGCCAUGCUGUACCUGCAGAGAUCAGCGAUGUCAAUAUGGAUGACGCUCCGCCAGCUCCUCAGAGCAUUGAAGCAGACGAUGGUGGAGAGGCGUGGCACGAAAUCUACUGUUACAUGUGCCACAAUGGUGGUGACAUGCUCAUCUGUGACUGGUGUUUGCGUGCCAUGUGCUCUGAAUGCUUGAACAAGAUCGACAUCACCAAAGUGCCACAGAAGUGGGAUUUCAAAUGCCCUACGUGUUACUACAAGGACUGGAAGGAUAAAGACAAAUACUAUGCCUUCCAGCUCAAUGGUGAACGUGUCAUGGACGAGCCGACCAUCAUCUCUGGUGGUCUGGUUGGCCCGCAGCAUGCGCAUGUUAACACAAGGCAUCUAGCUAUUGUUGUGUUCCGCCUCAAGUCUCUGGAGCGAAAGGGCAGUAUUCCGGAGCUCCUCAAGGCGCACCUUGAGAGCUGGUUCUGGCAAACCAACACGCUCCACUACUAUGACAUACCAUUUGAUCUGCAAGACCUCCAAGAUGCUGACCGCCAUGCACAACGUGUUCGGGCUGUUAUUGACAAGCUUAUUGAUGUGGAAUGUCGACGUGUUGUGACAUUUGUCUACACGCAUAGCAACAUCCUCCGUGGUGACCUCUAUCAUGCAUGGGAUGCUACAUCCUCAAUUGACAAGUUCUUCUUCCGGGUGCUCACACCUCCGUAUCUUGAGUACACCAAGCAGUACGGUGAAACCUCACAUUGGAUGUUCAUCCUAGCCUGUGGCGCCAUCAUCACCAGUCCCAAGGCCCUCGACACACUGGACAACGAGCUCCUGAAACACCGAGUCCCCUUCUGCAUUGGCUUCACAGCCAGUUCACUGAAUGCACACCUUGCUGCCGACUUCAUCAUCGCUUUUGGUUCCCGUGUUCUCAUUGAACGCGCUCGCCUCACUUCCAAAACCCUCCGCAAAUUACUCCAACUGUCCUGGUCUCUUCGGCGGCAUGGAUCAAUUGUGCUGUUCCGCCUCUGCGAUAACGAGGCUGGUAUGCGGUGGAUUGCACGUGAGGAGUACGUGUGGCAUCACCGUAAGCUUGCACCUGCUGGUCACCCAACUCCCUUGCAAUGCCCGGAGUGCAAGCAUCUUCACACUCUCAAGACAUUCUACACUGAUGCCCAUGCUGGGUAUGUGUGUAUGAUGAAGGAUUGUUCUUUCGAGGCGGAAUGGGAAGUUGACUAUGAUGCUGAGGCAGAACUGGAUGCAUAUGAUGGUGGUUGGCGCAUGCGGCCUUUGUCAGUAGCUCAUCUGUUGUAGUUGAAUAGUGUGGUGUAUUAGGGAUUCAACUCCUCUCUGUUUGGUAUAUUCAACUGUACCCCAAUGCUAUGUG